AUGCCGCCCGCUAAACUCUCUACCGCCUCCCCUGCCUUUAUGCUUCUCGGGGGUGUUUCUUCGCUCCCUAGCGGAACUCUUGUCCGUGGUCUCCUCAACAAACCCAAAGCCACGCCGCCGCGCUUCCGCGACGUCGAGGCCGAGUGGGACUAUUUCCAGCUCCGAACGUAUGGCGUCGGCAUCCCAGAGCGUGCGUCCAAAAUGAAACGCCGCAGCGAAGCUAGCGAUCGCGCUUGA